AGACUUAUCAUGCAUGGCGCGUAACCUUCAUAAACUGUCUGACAAUAUCCUCAAAGACAAGACAGGCAUUUCUGUUCAGACACAAACAUGGUUCAGCUUGUUUACAUAUUUGGACAACUACUUCUUAUUACUAGUGCAUAUGGCGCUUUGGGCAACAGAUUCGAGCGGCAGACGUCAACAGGAUGUCCAAUAGAUUUUAUAAAACACGACAGUUCCUGUUACCACAUCUUCGCUACACCCACUUUAAAAUGGUGGGAUGCAAUGGCAUAUUGUGGAAUAUAUGCGGACGGUGAAGGAUCACUUGCAAGCAUUGAGUCUGAGUCGGAACAGUUGUUCCUUGAGAAAGAACUGAAGACAAAAUACCCAAAUCCUGUUCAAAAGGACUUUUGGUUGGGAGCUAAUGACAUCACGCACGAGGGCACAUGGGUUUGGAUAAAGAAAGACGAGUACGUGCAAAUGUACACUAAUUGGGCACCGGGCGAGCCGAACAGUGGGACAGGUGAAAAUUGCCUGGCAUUAUUUGACAUGGAGCAAUAUAAAUGGAAUGAUGCGCCGUGCGAUUUACCAGAGGGUUUCAUUUGCGAAGUCCCAGUACGAAAUGGAAAUGCAAUAAUCGGCUGAGUUAGAAUCAGUAACAUGAAUAAAGAAUACAUAAAAAGAAAACAA